UGAGCUGGUUUAGUCGUCGUGAGGACAGAGUCGCGAGCAGAGGCCGUUCAUGAAGAGGAUAUUUUGCUCGUCCUCAUAACCAAAAUCACAGACUCGUGAUUUGGUGUCGAGUUUUUUCUGUGACAGCGAUGGCUGUUCGUGAACAAUUGGAUCUGGGUCUGAUAUUUGCUGUGCUUUGUCUUUGCGACUGGACCUCGGCUCAGAUUUCUUACACGAUCUCAGAGGAGGCGGACAAAGGGACGGUAGUGGGAAACAUCGCCAAGGAUUUAAAUCUCAGCGAGAAGCGGCUGCAUUCUUCUGGACUUCAGAUCACUUCUGGAUAUGAAACACGGUAUUUUGACGUGGAUCUGGAUUCUGGAGUUUUACUGGUGAACGAGAGAGUGGACCGGGAGAAGCUUUGUCCCAACAAUGCGAGGUGCUCUCUGGAUUUUGAAGCGGUAUUGAACAAUCCUCGCAGUCUGCAUCGAAUAGAGAUUCUCAUCAAGGAUAUAAAUGAUAAUGCACCGGUGUUUAUGGAUAAAAUGACAACAAUAGACAUAAUUGAAUCGUCAAAUAUUGGGGAGCGGCAUCCGCUGCCGUCGGCGCAUGACGCAGACGAAGGAUCAAAUUCAGUUCAGAUUUAUAAAUUGAGUCCAAACGAUUAUUUCACUCUGGAUUCACAGAGUAUCGGCGAUGAGAGCGUUUCCGCUGAGUUAGUGCUCCAAAAGGCCUUAGAUCGAGAGAAACAAUCCGUUGUUGAUCUGACGCUCACAGCUGUAGAUGGUGGAAAGCCUCCAAAAUCCGGGACUUUGCAGAUCCGAGUCAAGGUGCUGGAUGCAAAUGAUAAUUCGCCCACCUUCAGUAAAUCACUUUACAAAGUCCAGGUGGUUGAAAAUACAAAUUUAGGCUCCCAUUUGUUAACCCUUGAAGCGUCUGAUGUAGAUGAGGGCGUCAAUGGCCAGGUGCUGUUCUCUUUCACCGAUAGGGGGCGUUUGAACAUUGAUGAGAAAUUCGCAUUGAAUGAAAACACGGGGGAAAUUACAGUGAAAGCAAUCAUUGAUUAUGAAGAAAGUAAAGCGUUUGAGAUUCGGGUUCAAGCCCGUGAUAAAGGUUCUCCUCCACGUAGCGCACAUAGCAAGGUGUUAGUGGAGGUUUUAGAUGUUAAUGACAAUGCCCCAGAGAUCACAGUGUCAUCACUCAUGAGUCCUGUCAAAGAGGAUGCUGAGCUUGGCACUGUGGUUGCCAUGGUGACCAUAACGGAUAGAGAUGGUGGUAAAAAUGGCCAAACAAACUGCAAAAUGAUCGGCUAUGCGCCAUUUAGGAUUAAGUCGAACUAUAAAAAUUACUACUCUUUAGUUGUGGACGGUCGGCUUGAUAGAGAAAAUGUUUCCCAGUACAAUGUGUCGAUCAUGGCGAUAGAUGAAGGGUCACCAUCUCUCACAAGCACAAAUGUAAUUCAAAUUCAAGUGUCUGAUGUCAAUGAUAAUCCACCUUGCUUCACUGGAGAUGUUAUAGAUGUUUAUGUGAAGGAAAACAGGCUUCCUGGUACGGUAAUGAAAAGCUUAACUACGACUGAUUCAGACAUCGAGGAAAAUGCAAAAGUUAACUUUCAUUUAAUGAAAGCACUUGCUAAAGACAACCAAGUACAGUCAAUGGUAAACAUCAACUCAGACACAGGAGACAUAGUCAGUCUGCAGUCGUUUGACUUUGAGAAGUUAAAAACCUUCCAGUUCAAAGUUCAGGCCACAGACUCUGGUGUUCCUCCUCUCAGCAGCAACGUGACCGUGAACGUUUUUAUCCUGGAUGAGAACGACAACAGCCCUACGAUUCUGGCUCCCUAUUCUGAGCUGGGUUCAGUGAACAGUGAGAACAUUCCUUAUUCUGCUGAAGCAGGAUACUUUGUGGCAAAGAUCAGGGCUGUAGACGCAGACUCUGGAUACAACGCUCUGCUGUCUUAUCACCUGUCUGAGCCCAAAGGAAACAACCUGUUCAGGAUCGGAACCAGUAGUGGGGAGAUCCGGACCAAGAGGAGAAUGAGCGACAAUGACCUGAAGACUCACCCUUUGGUGGUGCUGGUGUCUGAUAAUGGAGAACCCUCCCUGUCAGCGACUGUGUCUAUCGAUGUGGUGGUGGUUGAAAGCUCCGCUGACAUCCAGACUCAGUUCAGACAUGUGACCAUGAAGGAGGAGAACUUCUCUGAUUUGAACUUGUACCUGCUGAUCGCCAUCGUGGCGGUGUCGUCCAUCUUCCUGCUGAGUCUGGUGACCUUGAUAGCGGUCAGAUGUCACAGGACAGACAGUGAUUUCAGCAGGUACAGCCCCCCCAUGAUCACCACCCACCCUGACGGGAGCUGGUCUUACUCCAAAUCUACUCAGCAGUACGACGUGUGUUUCAGCUCAGACACACUCAAGAGUGACGUGGUGGUUUUCCCCGCCCCGUUUCCACCUGUAGAUGCAGAACUGAUCAGUAUUAACGGAGGAGACACUUUUACCAGGACUCAGACUUUACCUAACAAAGAGAAGGUAAGAUGGAAAUGAUCCCCUCUCCUUCAUGGCUGUUUGAUAUCACCCAUUCAACUUGUAUAUACUUCCUCAAAUGUUUCUUAAAUGACUUGCCUCAGUAUUUUGAACCUUUAUGAUUUGAUUGAGAUUUGGAUUUUGUUACACCACCAGUAAUUUGCAAGCCCUUUGUGUUCUCAUUGAUAUAGGGUACUCGAGUAUAGUGUGAAUCUAAGAGUUCAGAUUAAGUUUGUGU